AUUUUGUGUAAUAUUUCCAUCAGUUUGUGUUUAGUCUCCCAUUGGAAUAGGGGUUUAAAAGUCUAUAUAAUUCAUAAACUAGCAACUUUGAUUUUUUUUAAAAUUGAUUUAUUUUAAAUUUUAUAAUGAAUUUACUAAUUGUUUUAACAAUUAUAUUGAGCACAUGUGCUGUGUUUGAGUUCAAACCACAGACACUGGACGAUGUUGCUAACACACCCGUGGUUACGGUGCAGGUGUUCUACACACCGUUCAGUCAGAGUGCCAUUGACUUUAUUAGACUCAACAAAAAAGACAACGAUAAAGGUAUCUACGCCCUUAUGGUGCCGAAAGAGGGCUCAGAGACCGAGGUCAGUUACAAGGUGGAGGUCGAUUUUGUACCCUGGGGUAGGAACGUCCGAAAGGUCGAGAGUGACAAACUCGUAUAUGAUUGUAGUAAUACUGAAAGUGCUGAAAAGGAUGCGGAUUGUGUAGGCACAAGACUUCACGCUUGCAUGAGCCAUUACACGGGCAACUUGCACCACAACCACCACGAGUUCUUCAUGAUCGUGUGCACCACCCAGGAGACCGAUUGGGUCACCGCCCCCCUCAAAAAUAUCGCAAAAUGUUCGAACGAGGUCAAUGACGAGCCCGAUGACGCUUUCAACCUCGAAACCUGUGCCAAGACGGAUAACGUAUACUUGGACGAGGCUAUAUCGGCCACCAACGUGAUCCACAUGUUUGAGGAACUCAAUAAGGAUAACGACCCGUUGAUUUACAUUAAUGGUGAGCGUAAUGACGAUGCCCGCACUGACUUGCGAACUGCAGUGUGCCGCGCGUUCAAGAAGGAGGAGAGACCCGAGAAAGAGUGCGAAGGUGUGUCCGAUGGCAGCGCCACCCUGUACUUCAACUCAAUGGUGCUGAUUGUUGCCAUAAUGGGCGUGUUGUACAACGCGUGGCAAUAAAUAUGCGCAUGAUACAUUAAUAUUUUUACGAUAAAGUUUAGACUAAAUUCCAGAGUUGUAUAAAGCCUAAAAACUUUUAGUAAUAAACCGGCAUAAAAAUUAUUUUAUUAUAUCACUAUGCUUCGU